CAGUGUUUUGUUUAAAACCACUUUUCCUGCCUUCAGCAUCUCAGCCAUCGCUCCUCCACCUGCUCCGUAGAGAAGGGAAGAUGAGCGAGUCGAGUUCGAAGUCCAGCCAGCCCUUGGCCUCCAAGCAGGAAAAGGACGGCACUGAGAAGCGAGGGCGGGGCAGGCCGAGAAAGCAGCCUCCGACCCUCCUGAGACCCCAGCAGAAGUGCGGACCAAGCCUCAGUGUCCCUCUGCUCACGCAGAAGGAGCCCAGCGAAGUGCCAACGCCUAAGAGACCUCGGGGCAGACCAAAGGGGAGCAAAAACAAGGGCGCUGCCAAGACCCGGAAAACCACCACGACUCCAGGGAGGAAACCAAGGGGCAGACCCAAAAAACUGGAGAAGGAGGAAGAAGAGGGCAUCUCGCAGGAGUCCUCCGAGGAGGAGCAGUGACCGGGCCACCUGCUUCCUCACUGAGGAGCCGUUUCCUUCUGGGACUGGACAGCUCCGCUCCCACUGCCCCCGCCCCCUCCCCCGGCCACCACCACCCACCUGCGCCCGCCUGCACCGCCACACUACACAGCACACCAGCCGGGCCCUGGCGGCCCGAGUGGGGAACAGUUUUCCUCUGGUCUCGGUUCCCAGCACCCCCUCACCCCCACGUGCAUCCCCCCGGCCUCCUGACAAAGCUGACGUCCCACUUAGCCGCACCCCAUGCCUGCUGCGUCCCUGCUCCCUGGGUGGGGGGGGCAU